GCCAAACCAAACCAAACCAAACCAAUUCAUCUUUAUCUUAUUUAUUACCACUAUGAAUCUCCACCCAAAGUAUCACGAAGUCGCCGAUAUCUGUGAAAAAUACCCACUCAGAGCCCGAGCACUCUUUCAGACACAUCUUGAUUUAAAAUACGGCCAGAAACUCGCAAAUGUUCAGAUACGUCUUCUUUCGAACUUGGAUAUUCCUGUUAUAAUUGCAAAUGACCUUCAAAAAUGUUUUGGUCUUUUGGUUUUUGUUCCAGUUUACGCUGCUGAAAACUUGACCAUUGAUAUGAUGGCCGCGAUACGCGACAAAGCCCAGGUUGUCGGCGAAUCUGUUGAUUCUGUCCACUUGGCCAUUGUUGACAACGACUCGACCGUUGCUUAUUACACAAUGGGGACAUUUGGAGACACUGUUCCCAUGUUGAAAUGACAAAAUAACAAUUUACUAAUAGUUUAUUCAAGCGUUUAACUACCUUUUGCUGCAACUUUACUCUUGAGCUUGUACGAGUAAAUAAAUAUAUGAUUCAAAC